AUGGAAGUCCCGUCCCCCCAGCAGGUCCUGGCACCCCAGCCCGUGAAGCAGGAGGACCCGGUCACCACUGAGGGCCUGGCUCUGGACUCCCCGUGGCGCCGCUUCCGCCACUUCCACCUGGGCGAUGCGCCUGGUCCCAGGGAGGCGCUGGGCCUCCUGCGCGCCCUGUGCCGUGAUUGGCUGCGCCCUGAGGUGCACACCAAGGAGCAGAUGCUGGAGCUGCUGGUGCUGGAGCAGUUCCUGAGCGCCCUGCCCAUCGCCGUCCAGGCCUGGGUGCGCGGCCAGCGACCCCGAAGCGGAGAAGAGGCCGUGGCCCUGCUGGAGGAGCUGUGGGGACCCACGAACUCCCCAGAUCGGUCAUCAGAGACGAGGGCACCUCAGGAUGUGACGGAAGGCUCCGGGCUUUGCAUGGGGAAAGAAGGUAGUGGGAUGAUUCCCGUAGCAGGAGACACGGCGCCGGGACCCGAGGUGCCUGGGACAGGGGAUGUGCAGGCCGCCCGGCUAUACAAGCAGGAGCCUGGCAGACCCCCGGUGGUCACGCAGGCACCCAGCUUCCUGGCGGUCCCGGGCUCCUCGUCCUGCCCAGAGUGCGGCAAGACGGCCACGAACCCCGCGCACCUGCUACGCCACAGGCAGAGCCAUUCUGCGGAAAAGCCGCAUGCGUGUCCCGAGUGCGGCAAGGCCUUUCGACGCAAGGAGCACCUGCGGCGCCACCGUGGCACGCACCCUGGCAGCCCAGGCUUGGCACUGCGCGCACUGCCGGCCCGCGAGCGCCCGCACGCCUGCUGCGAGUGCGGGAAGACCUUCUACUGGCGCGAGCACCUGGUGCGCCACCGCAAGACGCACUCUGGCGCGCGGCCCUUUGCCUGCUGGCAGUGCGGCAAGGGCUUUGGGCGCCGCGAGCACGUGCUGCGCCACCAGCGGAUCCACGGGCGUGCGGUCAACACCUCCACGGCUACACCCGGCACCGACACCGGGGCACCUUUCCCUGUUUGGCCCCUGGGCUAGUGGGCUUCCACACUGUUCUCAUUGUCCUGGUGCUGCCCAUGGGCCAUCACCCAUGGCUGUAGUUUUCGCCAGGCAUUCCUCUCCGUUUGCGCCUCUCUGCUACCAUCUCCUCCAAGGUCUGAAUCUCUUGGUGCUCUGUUCUCGCCAUUCAGCUUUCCCAUUUCGUCCCUUCCUGAUUCCUGCCUCUCUCCCACCCUGUAACGGGUGCCUCCAGACGGUCCCUCUUUCCAUGGCCCAGCUUCCCUCUCCCCCUUUCCCUGCCCCACUCGGGGAUGUCGGAACAGAUGAAGCCCUGGAGACCCUCAGGGGCCAUGUGCCAGGGGCCUUGAAGAGUAGGUUAGCAAGGAGCCAUGGGCUGGGCACCCCUUGACCAAGAGGAGGCUGAAGAGAAGGGGUUGGAUCUUGUCACAUGGAGCCCUACCCAGAGCAGAGUGCGGGGUGGGGGAGGGCAGGGUGUGAUGAUCUGACCAGAUGGACAGGGACUUGGCGGGAGGGACCCUCUGUCUCCUCUUUGCAACCUAGCAAGGCAUGGAAUGGACAGAUGCGCCUGCUGGGUGAGUGAGUUGGAGACCAUCAUCACCAGCAUCCACAGAGUAAUAAAGCCACUGACCCAGUUUGUGCCGGAGUCUGGAGUUCUGUCCACACCUGCCACCCACCAGUUGUACCAGAGGGCCUGGAGGGGGUUGGGGGAGACUCAGCAAGACGGGUUUCCUGGUCUGCAACUGGGACUUGCCCAGUGUGAAGGAGGCCUUUUUUAUUUUUUCCAUUUUUUAAAAAACAGGCUUUUAAUUGUGGCAAAAAUAUGCUUAAGAAAACACCAAAUCAACAGUUUCUACAUGGGUAAUUCAUAGACUUUAAUAUUUAUAGCCAUUUGGGUUUAUAGAAAAAUUGUGCAGAAAGUGU